CAGAUGAACCACAAAAACAAGUCACUCAGUUGCGAUUAAUCCUCCAGGAGACUAAGUUUUAACAGUACAAGAAACUGAACGUGUUGUUGAAGAUUGCUACUUUCAAAUUUGGUUUAUUUUCUCAACAACCAGAUUUGAAAAAAAUAAAGUAAACUUUUUUUUUUUUCCUCUUCAAGGUUCUUUUUUCUGUGAUGCCUGCUGGCAUGUUCAGCAUCGACAGCAUUUUAGCUGGCAGACCCGGCUGCAAGGAAUCCGUUUUACUACAUCGGAAUGCUCCGGUCGUUUUUUCUAAUUUGACGGAUUCACUGUACGCUACCGAUUACAGUGGGCUUUAUGCUCACACUCCUGCUUCAGUAAAUGGAUCUAGGCUCGGAUAUAAUAACUAUUAUUAUGGACAGCUUCACAUGCAGGGACCAGCUAGACCAGGUUGCUGUGGCACGAUACCUCCUCUUGGCGCACAGUGUCCAUGCAUUCCUGCAGGUUAUGACGGUGCUAGCUCGGUGUUGCUGUCCCCUGUCCCUCAUCAGAUGAUGCCCUAUAUGAAUGUAGGAACAUUGUCUAGGACUGAACUUCAGCUUCUUAACCAGUUGCACUGCAGACGGAAGAGGAGACAUCGUACCAUCUUCACCGAUGAACAGCUGGAAGCUCUAGAGAAUCUGUUCCAGGAAACAAAGUACCCCGACGUUGGAACAAGGGAACAGCUGGCACGGAGAGUGCACCUUAGAGAGGAAAAAGUUGAGGUGUGGUUCAAAAACCGCAGAGCCAAGUGGAGGAGGCAGAAGAGGUCUUCUUCAGAAGAACCAGAAAACUCACCAAAAUGGAACAAAUCUUCCAACAUUUCAACAGAAAAAACAGAAGAUGAAGCAAAAAGUGAAGUGGACUCGGACAGCUGAUAAAUAAUUCUAUUUUCUAAAGACUUUGCACAAAUUGAUCCGUUUAACUUGCACAUAUCCCUGCGUUUCCUUGGAGACAUUCUGUAAAUAGUGUACAUAGUGUGUGGAUUUUGAAGUAAUAACAAUCUGUUGCAUUGGUGUUGCACAAGUAUAUACCGUAAGGUUUAUUUUUGUUGUUGUUUUUAACAUGGAUAUUUAUAUUUAAAUUGAAUACAACUUUAUUAAACGCACACUGGCUACAUAAAGUAAAAAUACCUGAAGGCUACAGUGCUAUAAAUAGAUUUUCCCAGAAGAGCAAUUUGCUUUUUUAAAUUAUUUUCUCUGGGGGCAAAUUAUUCCUUUGAUUUGUGAAAUCUGGAAUUUUGUUAAGGGUUACUUUGAGCAUCAUCAAGUAUAGUAUAUGCUUGAAAUGUAUUUGCUUACGAUUGUAAGUCGCCCUGGAUAAGGGUGUCUGCUAAGAAAUAAAUAAUAAUAAUAAUAAUAAUAAUAAUAAUAAUGCAAACCAUUUCAGUAUUGAAAUUUUACAGUAACGCCUGUAAAAAUGUAAAAAAAUUUAAUAAAGUUACUAUUAUAUCUUAAAUUGUGUUGCUUGUACUUGCAGUAAAAGCUGCAAUCAUGGAAUAAAAUGUUAAUUACUUCACCACACUGCUCAGACUUUUUCAUCUCAGUAACUUACUGUUAACGGUACCAUUUUCUUUUUAAUCAAAAUAAAAAAAUCAUAUCAAACUUUAGUUCAAACAUUGUGUGUGUAUAUAUAUAUAAA